AUGGCUGCUGCAUCAACUGAGGUCAACAUCGACGAUGAAGAGAGCGACAGUGGAAUGGUCGUCGUGCAGUCGCCAGCACCAGUGCCCACCGUUGCUGUCCAACAGGUACCGCAACAAACCGGUAAACAUCCAGGGCAGACAUCGGUUCGCAUUCAAACGAGCAAGCGAAAGCGCAAACCAACACCGCCUCUUCCGGUUGAACUAAUUCGACCGCCAGUGCCGAUGCACAAGGAAGAAGUAAUCGCAACCACCGUUGGCGAGAAUCCCGGACUGUGUGCCUUCCUCUUGACCAUUAUUUCCGUUGUUCUGAUCAUUGUGACGCUGCCCUUUUCGAUGUUUCUUUGCAUUAAGGUUGUUCAGGAGUACGAACGUGCUGUCAUCUUCAGACUAGGCCGUCUGGUGAAGGGCGGCGCCAAGGGACCGGGAAUCUUCUUCAUAAUUCCAUGCAUUGACAGCUACUGCAAAGUCGAUCUGCGAACGGUCUCAUUUGAUGUCCCACCACAGGAGAUUCUGAGUCGAGACAGCGUCACCGUUGCAGUCGACGCCGUCGUCUACUAUCGCAUCAGCAAUGCUACCGUGGCGGUGUCCAAUGUGGAGGACUACGGCAGAUCGACCCGUCUGCUGGCGGCGACCACCCUGCGAAACGUCCUCGGCACGAAGGACCUCUCACAGAUUCUCAGCGAACGAGAGUCGAUCUCGCAUGUGAUGCAGUCCAGUCUCGACGAGGCCACCGAUCCCUGGGGCGUCAAGGUCGAACGGGUGGAGAUCAAGGACGUCCGUCUGCCCGUGCAGCUGCAGCGGGCCAUGGCCGCAGAGGCAGAGGCGGCUCGCGAGGCUCGCGCCAAGGUCAUCGCCGCAGAGGGUGAGCAGAGAGCAUCGAAGGCGUUGAAGGAGGCCGCCGAGGUGAUGACGCACAAUCCGGCCGCACUGCAGUUGCGCUACCUGCAGACGCUGAGCUCCAUUGCCGGCGAGAAGAACUCCACCAUCGUCUUCCCGAUUCCAAUGGAGCUAUUCAGAUCAGUUCUGAAGCCUGAGCGAACGGCAACACCGCAGCCGCCGCCGCCCCCUCCGCAAUCGAUGGCAUAG